AUGACUGAUGAGGAGUUUGAGGUGCUUUUGAACGAGGUGACCAGGAUGGAAGUUGGCACUGCUAAGAUGGCUGAGGGUCUAGACCUCGCAUCGGAGGCAGUAGGAGAGGGUGAAGAAGCUGGUACAAGGAACGACCCAGAAGGCCUAGCCCACCAGCCAGUAGACGAGGUGGAAGAGAGGCAGACCAGAGAAGAAGAGCCAAAGUCAGUGACUCCCCAGCCAGAAGCAGGGGAGAGUGAUACACACAUCGAGAAGGAUGAGACCGUAGUACGAACAGAGGAGCCAGAGCCAGUGGCACCUCCAGUGUCGAAACCGAAGGCAGUUAAAAGAAAAUUGGUGUUGAAGAGCGAUCCUAAGGAAGAACGGCCGAAGCCGAAGAGAGUGUCGCAAAAAUGCCUAGGGAAAUGGACUUCCAGCAAGGCGAAAGCAAACACAGCAGCGGAUGCAGUGGAGGUUUCGAGUGAAGAAGAAAGAACUACUCCUACAAAACCUGGGGAGGAAUCCUUAUCAGCUACUAACUUGGAAGAUGCUUCGACGGCAACCGAAGUGGUCACCCCCACGCCGAGUGACCAGGGAGAGGAGACUGAUAAGAUGGCUGAGGGUUUGGAUCUCGCAUCUGAGUCAGUAGGUCACGACGAGCCAAGAGAUGGCAAUGCCCAUAUCCGCGUGGAGACCCAUCCUACUGCCCAGGACAAGCCUUCAACACAAACAGAGAAGAGACCAGAAGAUGAUGAAGACGGAAAUGAGGACAAGUACGGCGAGGAGAGAAAAAAGAAGGGGAAAGCCCCUGUUACAAAGAAGCCAAGCCGCAAGAAGCAACGCACAGUCAACACAGGCGUCGUCAUCACGAAACCAGAUCAGAGAGCCUCACCGCGCCGAAGGGAUCCGAGCGACAGCGAAUAUACUGCCAGUGAAGAGUCGGGAUCCAACAGCGACGUCUUCCUAGAGGAUGAAUAG